UGAAUUUUCUGUCACCCUGAGUCUCUGACACGACUUCUUGCCAUUUACUGCUAAAGAAGUGACAGAGAUGUCCAGAGUGCAGGUUUCAGGAGCUGCGAGGGGGAACUUCUCCCCUCAGCGCCCGCGCAGGACCGUGCGUCGGAGUCUGUUCGGACCUGUGGAUCACGGCGAGCUGGACCGGGACAUCGAGACGAAGCUGCGCGAGAUCUCCGGAAAGGAAGAACAAGCGUGGAAUUUUAACUUCGCCUCCGGGACGCCGCUGUUCGGAGAUUACGAGUGGGAGGGAGCGGCGGUGGAGGCUACGCCGGCGUUCUACCAGGAGUCGGUAAAAGCAGGGAAGAAGAGGCCUGAUGCUGUGCAGGUUCAGCCGCACACAGAGGCUCCGAACCGGAAUGCAAGAACCGAGGGCACGCGCACAGGACGGAAGGCAGGCUGCACUAAGACGAGGAAAGCACGCGCACGGGUUUCUACAUCCCCAUGCCGCAUUACAGAUUUUCUCGUCAAACGAAAGAAGCCAGGACCUGAGAGAGUGUCUCAGAAAGCCCUCAGCUCCCUCUCCUCUGAGGAAACGCCACGGACACGACUUCGGUGAAGUUUGGCUGGCUGUGACAUUAUUAGUGAGGAGACCAGACUUCGCAGGCUGUCACGGCACCAUCCGGCAUGAUGCAGAAGACAUCGCAGAACACACGGUGCCUUAGGAACAAUAAGUUGUGGUGCAUCUGCAAGAGCUGCUGGCAGGAGGAGCCGUGCUUGAUGGACAGCUUACACCCUGAGCCACGCCCAGCCUGAGCCAUGCCCUGUCUGAGCCUCCCGAGUUGAUCCCGGCCUUGUCUCAGCAAGAAACUGAGCCUUGUCUCAGCCUUGUCUCAGCCUUGUCUCAGCCUUGUCUCAGCAAGAUACUGCAUAUAUAUAGCAGCAUUGUCUGGUGUCAAGGAUAAGCUGCUGUAUCUGCCAUCUGGAUUGGAGACCUGUGCACUGCAUGUUCGAGGACUCCAUCUCUGCUCCGCCUCCCAGGGUCAAGGACACCUUCUCUGCUCCACGUCCUGGGUUCAAGGACACCGCAUCUUCUGUGCCUCCUGGGUUUAGGGAUUCACAACAUAUACACAUUAACCCACUGAGCAAAACAAUCUGUUUUGCUGGAACUCAUAACAGGCCUUUAGGACAUUUCUUUAAAAAAAAGGGAUUUUCAUUGUUUUGUUACCUGAUGCCUUCAAUCUAAAGAACUUGCCUUAAGUACCUCUGUAAAUGUUAGUUAUUUUUCCUUUCAACACUUUUGUUGGUUUUUAUUUAUACAACUGUUCCUUGAUUGAUUUUAUUGCCACAUUUUAUUAAAUGUCUUCUUUUCA